GAAAUAACACCUAAUUAAAAAGAAUGAAAAGGAAAAGGAGAGAGAGAGAGAGAGAGAGGGGAAGGAGAAGGUGAUCGAGAAAAGAUCCGUCCUUCUAUGCUUCCCACCAUCUUUCUGUUAUCCUCACUUCCUUAACUCACACCACAACUUCUUUCUCUCUCUCUUCACAACUACUUUCUCUUCGAUCACUCUCAAUUUCACCAUAUUAACAAUCUUCAUAUUUCUGGGAUUUUUCUCCACCAGUUGGACUUCCUAGUUUGUCCAAGAUCAUGCAAAACUCCGUGUUCGAUCCGCAAGAUCAGAGGAUUGCUUCCUGUACGGAGGAUUCGACUGCAAUGACUAUUGAGUUCCUGCGUGCAAGAUUGCUUUCUGAAAGGUCCAUCUCAAAAAGUGCUAGACAGAGAGCUGAAGAACUGGCAAAAAAGGUCAUGGAAUUGGAGGAACAACUAAGGAUGGUGAUUCUUCAGAGGAAAAUGGCAGAGAAGGCUACUGCUGAUGUUCUUGCCAUUUUGGAGAAUCAAGGGAUAAGUGGUGUAUCUGAUGAAUUUGAUUCAGGCUCAGACCUUGAAAAUCCUUUUGAUUCUAGUAUGAGUAAUGACUGUUCAAAAGAGGAUGAGGGGCCUAUGAACUCAAAAGGAAGACAAAAUGGGUCAGAUGAAAUGUCUGGUUCCAGUGUAGAUUCUUCACUAGUAUCCAGUAAAAGUUUGUCAUGGAAAGGACGCCAUGAUUUGUCCCAUUCUCUUGAAAAGUACAAGACCAAGACUACUACUAAUGUGAGGAGGCAAAACAGUUUUUCAUCUUUUAGUUCUUCACCAAAGCACCAUUUAGGAAAGUCAUGUCGCAAGAUAAGACAUCGACAACCCAGGUCUGUUAUGGAGGAAUCCAGAGACAAGUUUGUCCAAGUUAACUGCCAAGUAAAUGAACUUGUAUCCUCUUCUGAAGGAUUUUCAAAUUUCCAAGAUGGUGGAUCUAACAUCCUGAAAAUAGAAUCUAAAAUUCAAGAAGAGAAUGGAUCAGAGGCCAACCUACUUAGCAAAAAUCGUAACAUAGAUGGAUAUGGAAGAGAGAAGGAAAUGGAGAAGGCUCUUGAACACCAAGCCCAACUUAUUGACCAAUAUGAAGCAAUGGAGAAGGCUCAAAGAGAAUGGGAGGACAAAUUUAGAGAGCAUAACAGCACAACACCAGAUUCAUGUGAUCCGGGCAAUCAGUCAGAUAUGACUGAGGAUAAAGAUGAAGGCAAGGUUCAGAUUCCAUAUGCUGCUAAGGUGGUUACCUCAAAGGCUGAAGAGAGCAAAGGAGAACCCAGAGGCGUUUGCUUAUCAGAAGAAAAAUUCAAAGCUGGGGACACAGAAAUUAUGCCAGAAACACAUGAUGAUACAGAUGGUUACAGAAACCAGAAAAGCGCAACUUUUAGCACUUCUAAUUUGCUUGGUCAAGAAAACUCACACUCCCCAGUGAAGGGAAAUCAGAAUGAGAGCUUGGUAAAUGACCACUCUCCGUCUUCUGAUAUGAGCCAUGUAGAUCCAGGUAGGCAUAGUUAUUCUGAUCCCAGGCCUACUCGUUCCUUUCCAACUGAUAUGCAUGGCGUCCACCAAAAUGAUGCUUCAGAAAACAAAACGGAUCUCUAUGCAUUAGUUACUCGUGAACAAUCUCACAAAUUCGAUGGUGUUCUUGAAUCUCUUAAACAAGCUAGAAUAUCCCUACAACAGGAACUCAAUAGAUUGCCAGUAGUAGAGGGUGGGUACACUGCUAAAUCGUUGCCUUCUGUUAGUAAAAAUGAGGAUAGAUUUGAAAUUCCUAUUGGGUGUUCUGGUCUCUUCAGACUACCAACAGAUUUUUCUGAUGAAGCAACUGCAAGAUUCAAUGUCCGUGAUCCAACUGCUGGAUUUGGAUCAAACUAUCAUCUUAAUGGAACCAUGUCUAGAACUUCUGAUGGUCAGUUUUUAACCUAUCCUCCUUACUCUGGCACAACGUCGAGCCUGUCUGCUGAUGAUCAAGCUCUUUCCACCCGGUACUUGGAAAAUGGGCCAAGAUUUAGUUCUAAUGAGUCCCCUUUUGAUCCUUUCUCAAACGGAGGUCCACUCUCUUCCAGUAAAUACUCGUAUCCCACGUUUCCCAUCAAUCCAUCCUAUGAAAAUGCAACACCACAGAUGCCAUUUGGUGAUGAGGUUUCAAGACCCUAUUCAAAUAGCACAGUUGGGGUUCCUCUUGCAAAUCGUUUCUCUUUUAAUGGCGAUCAUUUAAGAUGAAGCAUGUAUAUAUAAUUUCAUUAGGUUAGAAGCUAAGCUUGGUGUAAAAGUAAUGGUUUUUAUUUGUUAUGUAUUUUAAGGUGAUUCUCUUUAUUCUCUUUAGUUGUCUUGGGAAGAGAUUUUUUAGGUGGCAAAAUACACUCUAAAUUCUUCCAUUAAUAUGGACUGUUCUUACUUUAAAUGCCGAACUGACUAUUUAUUGGUCAUCAAGAUUUUGUCUGUCGUAGAUUUAUCUCUAGAUUUGAUAAUUUGAAACUGAGAUUUAAUUUGAUAAUGGGAAACAUGUUUUAGUGUGUUAA